GCAGGUUGAAGGUGUAGUAGGAAUAUCUGGUGAUCUCAGUCAGCGUCCACACCACGAGGAAGAGGACCACGCUUUCUUCGUUCUGGAUCUUCAAUUAGGGCGACACAAGGCACACAGUGGUGACUGCGGCGUAAGCAGUUUCAGGCCCACACUUUGUGGAACAUGCUCGUGGCAGGGCAGAGCGGACAAUGCAUGGGCUCAGGCCGGACGCUGAAGUUGGUGGUGUGCGAGGUGCUCCAGUUCGCCGGCCUGUGCGUGCCGCUCUUCGUGGUCAUGCAGCGCUUCGCCGCCAUCGUGGCCAAGGUCCAAGGUGGGGGCAGCACCGGCGGGGCCUACUGGCUCAUUGUGGCCUCGUCGGUGGCCUACGUCACAUCUGUCACCCUUCUGGUGUGGGUGCCCCUCAAGUACAUGGUGUUUGCCAAGAAGAGAUUCCUGGUCAGGAGGAAGAAGUGGAGGCCUGUGGCCCUCGUGUUUGUGAUCGUCUCCACAAUGCCCUGCUUUGCAUUCCUCAUCGCCAGCUCUGAGGUUCAAAUCCGCAACAAUCUGCGUCACGACACGUUUGGCGAGCUACCUGUGUCACUCAUCCUUUUCUCACUCAUCUGCAUGGACGUGGUGGAACGGAUACGGCACUGCAGGCUGACAGGACAGGAUAAUCAGGCGAGAGACACCGAGAUCCCUUCCUCGGUGUUGACUCACGUGGAACAAGUCACACCCAUCACUCCAGCCGUUCCGGGGUCUGUAAUAACGGGAUCUGGAACGUCCGGUCCCCGCGUGCCCGGCCAAGUUACAGGGUCCCAAGUGGCGCCGGCAGGGACGGCAGGCCAGCGGGGGAGCGACAGAAGCCACAUCGGCUCCGCCCUUCGACCGGAACCAAACGGCACAGUUCCGAGAAUACCAGUAAGCACCGAGCGAGGGUUCCGGGCCUCGGAAUCUGGGUCCCGUGUGACGUACACCCGCUCGGGCCCGCUGCGGUUCCUGUGCGCCAGCGACGCCCGCGCCGACGUGUUUGUGGACGGCUUUAUGUUCUGGAUGGACACGGCGGAGAUGACGCGUGCCGUGUCCCACCCGCUGGUGUGCUACUCGGGCUGGGUGUGCCCCAUUUACGUCUUCUGCUGCCUCUCUUGCCUGCGGGUAGUCGUCACCCCCCACGAUCCACUGCUGUCCUCGCUGGGCGUCGUCCUCCAGGACCUACCCUUCCUGUUCGUGCGAGCCGGCCUGCUGGCCUUCUUCGGUUUGGUCACGCCGCUGCUCUACCUGCUCAAGAAUCUGCUGGUGUGCCUCGCUUUCAUCUACUUCAACUUCAUGACCAAGCUCAGGAUCUUCAACACACAGAGGAUGUACUUGUAGACUAUUCAAACUUGGGGGGGAACAUCACAAUCGUGCACAACAACACAACAUGCGUCUGAGUCUUAGUCCGUGAAAUGAGAAAAACUAAAAUUGAAAG